CAGUGAGACUUCCUACUGUGUAUUAUCUCAAAGAUAAUAAUUCCUGGUCCCUAGAAAAAACACUGAAGACAAGGCACAUUUCCAAGCCCGAGUGAUUAGCUAUUAAAAGGCCUGGAGCUUAUAUCAAAUCUGGCACUUUGAGCAAAAGAAACAUGAUGGAAGAAAGCAGAGAGCCACCAGGAAACACAGGCAAAAUUAUGAGCAUUUUGCCAGAGUUUGUCAAGAAUUCUUUUCGGUCUUGGCUGCCUCAGGAUUCCUCUCAGAUUUUCCACCUAGUGGUUCUUUUGGGCUUUACCUAUGCUGUCCUGUGUGUCAUCCAGUUGUUUUGGAAGAGACAGCAUAUGGUCAAUGUCCUCAAAUGUUUUCCAGGCCCUUCUACACACUGGCUGUAUGGCCAUGUCCACAAGAUGACACCAGAGGAAGAAUUUGUGAGUGCAAGAGCCUGGACAGAAAAGUACCCAACUUGCCAUCCGGUAUGGUAUGGACAAUUCUUAGCAUACUUGGUCAUCAACCACCCUGAAUAUGCGAAAGUGGUCUUUAGCAGAAGUGAUCCCAAAUCUCUUAUAGUAUACGGCUUCAUAAUUCCAUGGAUUGGAAAGGGACUGUUGAUCUCAGAUGGGCCUAAAUGGCAGAAACACCGGAAGCUGCUUACUCCAGGAUUCCACUAUGAUGUUCUAAAGCCUUACCUCACUGUCAUGGCUGAAUCAGUUAAAGAGAUGCUGGAUAUAUUGGGAAAGCUGAUCUCUAAAGACAAUACAGCAUCUGUGGAGAUAUUUGAACAUGUCAGUUUGAUGACUCUUGAUACCAUCAUGAAAUGUGCUUUCAGCUAUAAGAGUAAUUGUCAAACAGAAAGGGACAAUGCCUACAUUAAUGCGGUGUAUGAUCUUUCCUACCUGUUUAAUCAGAGGCUGAAGUCACCAUUGCUCCACAAUGACUUCAUUUACUGGCUCAGCCCUCAAGGGCGCCGAUUUCGCAAUGCUUGCAGACUAGCGCACCUUCACACAGAUAAUGUAAUAAGGGAGAGAAAGGAGUCCCUUAAGGAUGAGCAAGAACUUGAGAAGAUCAUGAAGAAGAGGCGUUUGGACUUCCUAGAUAUUCUUCUUUGUGCAAGGGAUGAAAAUGGAAACUCAUUAGCAGAUGAAGACUUGCGUGCUGAGGUGGACACAUUCAUGUUUGAAGGUCAUGAUACCACAGCGAGUGGAAUCUCUUGGCUUUUCUAUUGUAUGGCCCAGAACCCUGAACAUCAGCAGAGAUGCAGAGAAGAGAUAAGGGAACUUCUUGGCGAACAGGAACAUGUACAAUGGGAUGACCUAGGAAAGAUGACAUACAGCACCAUGUGCAUUAAAGAGAGCCUUCGACUUUAUCCACCAGUACCCCAAAUAGCACGAGAACUGAGCACACCAGUGACAUUUCCAGAUGGAAAAACACUACCAAAAGGGUUUCUAGCUUUGCUGGGUAUUUAUAACCUUCACAGAAAUCCUGAGAUCUGGGAGAAUCCUGAGGUCUUUGAUCCUCUAAGAUUCACCCCAGAAAAUUCACAGCGUCGCCAUCCCUUUGCCUUUCUUCCUUUUGCUGCUGGGUCGAGGAACUGCAUUGGACAACAGUUUGCCAUGAAUGAGAUGAAAGUUGCUCUCGCCUUGACACUCCUGCAGUUCGAACUUUUGCCUGAUCAUUCCAACCCUCCCAUUCCCAUACCACAGAUUGUCACCCGAUCCAAGAACGGGAUACAUCUGAAACUGAAAGUUAUUAACUGAGUUUUGAUAUCACUCCAACAGUAGUGCUUUUGUACUCCCAAAUAAAUAUUGGUAGCACUUUAAAUUUUAAUACUACCAAACGUACUUUUGGUCUUUGCAUAGAAUUGUUCACAUCUUGGUAAUUAUGGGACAGAAUUCUUACCAUUAUAGGCAUACAUCGACUGAUUAAAGACCACAGUUACUUCCAAAUGUAUUUUCCCCAUAUUUGAUUCCAGUAAUACUAUUGCGAUAUUUUGUAUUGCAAUAAUUUGUUGUUGUUGUUGUUUACCACCAGUUAACUUUGACUAAUGGUGACCUUUGAACAAGAGACCGCGAUGAUUCCCCGGUAUCAACCUACCUGCUCAAGUCUUACAAAGCCAGGGCCAUGGAUUCCCUGUCUUGCCCAAGUCACUUGUAAUAUUUGUUGCUGUGUGCCUUUAAGAUGUUUCCAAGUCAUGGCAAGAGUAAGCUUAUCACUGGGUUUUCAGGGACUGAGCAUGUGUGGUUUGCUCACGGUUACCCAGUGGGUUUCCAUGGCCAAGCAGGGAAUUAAACCCUGAUCUCCAGCAUCCUAGUCCAAAACUCAAACCACUACACCACACUGGCUCGCUAUUUGUAGUGUGGUCUUCUUUCCUACUGCUGUCCAUUUUACUGAAUUGUUUUCUCCAGUGUGUUAUUUUAGUCAGUCUCAUUGUAUGUCCAAAGAAUGGCAGCCUCAAUGUAGUCAUUUUGGCUUAUAGCAAGGGUUCACACUUGAUUUAUUCUAGGACCCAUUUAUUUGUUUUUUGACAGUAGAUAGUAUCCACUGAACUCUCUUCCUGUACCACAUUUCAAAUGAGUUAAUCGUCUCCUGUCAGCUUUCUUCACUGGACAGCUUUCACAACCGUACAAAGAAAUCAGAAAUAGUAUGGCAUGUAUGAUUCUGACUUUUGUAUUUAAUGAUAUUUCUUUACAUUUGAAGAUCUUAAGUAUUUUUUCAUAGCUGCCUUCUGUUUUCUUGAUGGAGUCUCCAGUUUGACUAAUGACUGAGACAAUUUUGACUAAUGACUGAGACAAUUUUGCUAGGUGAUUUUGCUGUUGCUUUUAGUAUAUUGUUGUAUGCUGAACAACUGGAAAUAAAUUUCUCAAAUUAAAAAUAAA